GUGUUGUGGGAAGUGGAAAGAAAAAGAUGGCUGCCUACGGCGGCGGAGGUGACGGAAAGAUGAAAAAGUCCGAUGGAAACGUGUCUGAAACGGACCUCCUGCUUCACCCCGAGCUUCUGUCUUCGGAGUUCAUUAAACUCGUGUUACAUGAGAGAAAGAUAAAUACGGAAGAUAAUCAAGACCAUGACAGACUCACUGAGCUGUAUAUCCAGCAUGUUAUCCCUCUACCACAGCGAGAACUUCCCAGUAAUAGAUGGGGGAAAAGAAUGGAGAAGACAAAAGCACGCCAGGGCUCAAACCGUGCACAGAGCUCGAGCACAGAUAGUGGCAGGAAGAGGCCUCUGAUUGUGUUUGAUGGAAGCUCCGCCAGCACUGGCAGCGUUAAACUGAAGAAAGCUGACGAUUUACUGGCAUCUCUGGUUACAGAUCGCUUAAAGCCCCCACCUUCCAGCAUCAAUCUCUCCAACCCUAUACGCAAGCUUUCAGGGUCCUCCACAAACUGUUCUCCAUCCUCAUCUGCUCCAUCUUCCACCCAGGCUCCAGCAUCAACUUCAGUUAGUACCAGGAGUCUUACAGGCAAUGGGAGCCUCAGUUCCUCCUCUUUGUCAUCCUCAGGACACUCCAGCAGCACAAGCACAAAGCUAAAGCGUGGAGCACCAAGUGAUGGAGUGCCUGGAAACCCUCAGGAGCUCAAGUCACCUGAGGUGAAAAAAAAGAUUCAACAUGUCACAUGGCCAUGAUCUCAGAUGUCCCACCAGAAGCCCUAUGCAGGAAGAACUACUGUUAUCUUUCGGAGGGUCUGUUUGCUGUGUCUCUCAGCCAUGUGCCCUAUGACAAAAGAAGCCAUAAAGGGAGAACGAGCUUCAGCAUUGGAAUCUGGAUGUGUUCUUCAUUCUACUGUACCACUGUGUACGGUACUACAGUGUAUCGAGAUCCUCUCAUACAUGUGCCAACAGUGGACUAAUUAAAGAACUUUUCUGUUGAACGCAAUACCUCAGACCAAGUAGUUCUGUAAAAAAGUGGUAAUGGCUUCCUUUAGAAACACUGUUAAAAUGUCCUUUUUACCUAAAUAAAGAAUGGCAUAUGUUCACUAAA